GUAACCAACAUCUCUAUGUGGCUGUCAAGAAUAAACCAUCGAGAUAGCUGAAGCCAACAUCUCUAUGUCCCUCUUUCCAAAUUUGUUUAUUUUUAAUUAGUAUCAAGCAGAGCAGCUCCAACUGCAAGUUUACUCUCUCAGGUGUACUUCCUUUUUUGUCAGAUCUCAAAAUCCAGAAGAAUCAACCUCAACCCUCCACCAAGGACUCAUCUUUUGAAACCUUUUUCCUCCUUAUUUAAUAAGAAGUAGUAACUGUUUUCUUGCUCACUAGGUUUCCAUACUAGUAGCAUUUGAAUCCUGCCACCUUCUGUCAAUUCUCUGCACUGAACCAGCAUUUAAGAGUUUGACUGAGUUACCUUAACAGCACCAGAUACUGCAUAAAACCAUAUUUAAGGCUCUGCCAUUUUUUUUCUAUUGGAGCAGACUGCAGAGCACCAGAGAGAGUGUUUCCAAAAUCCCUUCAAGUUCAUCAAACGUUCCCUGAACAAAACCGCCACAACUAGCCAAUCAAGUGCCAUUACUACCUUACCUUAUUUUCUUGCUUGACAAGGAGAAAGAAACAGAAUAAGUAAACUUGUUUUGGUCACACACAAAAAAAAAGUCUCUGAUUUUCUCUGUUUCUGUGUGGAGGAGAAGAAACCUUUCACCUUUCACCUUUCAGUUUCAUCAUAAAGCAACAUUGACCAAGGUUAGAUCUUUAUCAUCUCAGAACAAUGUUACCCCAGAAGCAAGGUGAAGAAACCAUGAUGUCAAGCCUGAAUGAGGCGAUUGAGCAUGGCGAAAGAGAGGAAGAGAAUGAAGGUGGUGGUUCAGGGCUGAAGAACUUUCUCUGGCAUGGUGGCUCUGUUUAUGAUGCCUGGUUCAGCUGUGCUUCAAAUCAGGUUGCACAGGUUCUGUUAACACUGCCAUACUCUUUCUCUCAACUUGGAAUGCUUUCAGGAAUCAUUUUCCAAAUCUUCUAUGGCUUGCUUGGUAGCUGGACUGCUUAUUUGAUUAGUAUUCUGUAUAUUGAGUACAGAACCAGAAAAGAGAAAGAGAAUGUUAGCUUCAAAAACCAUGUCAUUCAGUGGUUUGAAGUGUUGGAAGGUUUACUGGGUCCAUACUGGAAGGCCAUUGGAUUGGCCUUCAACUGCACUUUUCUCCUCUUUGGAUCUGUUAUCCAGCUUAUAGCUUGUGCAAGUAACAUAUACUACAUAAAUGAUCACUUGGACAAGAGGACUUGGACUUACAUAUUUGGAGCUUGUUGUGCCACCACAGUGUUCAUACCCUCAUUCCAUAACUACAGGAUUUGGUCUUUCCUUGGCCUUGGCAUGACCACAUACACAGCUUGGUACUUGACCAUUGCAGCUGUUGUUCAUGGCCAGGUUGAAAAUGUGAAACACACGGGCCCAAACAAAUUGGUUUUGUAUUUCACAGGCGCCACCAACAUCCUCUACACUUUCGGCGGCCACGCCGUUACAGUGGAAAUCAUGCAUGCAAUGUGGAAACCUCAGAAGUUCAAAUAUAUCUAUCUUUUUGCCACACUUUUUGUGUUCACCCUUACCCUACCAUCUGCUAUUGCUGUCUACUGGGCCUUUGGUGACCAACUCUUGGACCAUUCCAAUGCCUUCUCUCUUCUACCUCGCAAUGGCUGGCGUGAUGCUGGUGUCAUCUUAAUGCUCAUUCACCAGUUUAUCACCUUCGGAUUUGCUUGUACCCCAUUGUAUUUUGUGUGGGAGAAAGUGAUAGGAAUGCAUGACACAAAGAGCAUAUUUUUGAGGGCUCUAGCCAGGUUGCCUGUGGUGGUACCAAUAUGGUUUUUGGCCAUUAUUUUCCCAUUCUUUGGCCCCAUCAACUCUGCUGUGGGGGCUCUUCUGGUUAGCUUCACCGUCUAUGUCAUCCCUGCCUCCGCCCAUAUGCUUACUUAUAGGUCUGCUUCUGCAAGACAGAAUGCUGCAGAGAAAUUGCCCUUCUUCAUCCCAAGCUGGACUGCAAUGUUUGUGUUCAAUGCAUUUGUGGUGGUAUGGGUUACUGUAGUAGGCUUUGGAUUUGGAGGGUGGGCUAGCAUGACAAACUUCAUCAAGCAGGUUGACACAUUUGGACUGUUUGCCAAGUGCUACCAAUGCCCACCAAAACUCUCAGCUUCCAACCAUACACUGCACCACUGAAAAAUCAUGUUCUUUUGUCUCCUCUUGUGUUGUCUUAGGUGUAUUUUCUCUAUCUUUUUUGCUUAAUCUCCAUACAGAUGCAUUAUUGUUAAAUGUUAAUGGUGAUGGUUCCCUUGUGUAGAAAGCCAACAUUGGUAUGUUUUGCUUUUGAAUCAUUUUGGUUAAUCAUAAACUUGAUUAUAGCUAACAUGUAUAGGGAUUGGUUGAUGUUUGGAAAUUGGCAUAUAAGGGACCUUAUAUCAAGUGAAGCCUGCAUGUUUCUCAUAA